AUGGAGACCUACCACUCACUGAUGGAAGGAUAUGCGCUGGACGCUGGCAUGGCCUUGCAAUGUCGUAUGGGUGCCGCCACAGUCUUCUACAGACAAGGGCGACUGUACCUGAGUCUAGGCUAUCCGCAGCGGGCAGCCAACUUGUUCCAGCUUGCGAUGAGCAUGUUCUGGGACGCCUCUCGGGCCGAGAACGGUAUGGCUUGCCUUCAAUACGAGAUGUGGGGCAUCAGGUGGUUGGACGAUUUCAUGGAGACCUACUUAAGCAACGCGGCGAACUUGCGGCGAAACUACUUGGACAUGCUACCGCACUUGAAGGACCUGCAGGUGCCUCCAAAUUAUCGUGACCCUUCCCUUCGCAUCGGUGUCUUCUCCUUGUGCGACUACUCACCGGAGUCUCCCAUGUAUUGGCUGUUGAGCCGGUCGCGCCAGAACCGGGAGGCUUAUUGCUCGAGACAUGGAUAUGGCCUAGAGUGGACGUCGCAGAGGCCCUCGUCUUCAAAGGGCCGGCACCCAGUUUGGGGGCAAAUCGCUGGACCCUUGGAACUGCUGGGCGAGGGUGGGAUGUAUGACUGGGUAGUGUCCAUGGACUGUGACUCCUUGUUCGUGGACAUGACAGUCACGGUCGACUCCUUGCUGUACCGCUUUGCAUCUCGAGCCACCCCAUGGGGAAAGUUGGAGAUUGAUCCGAACGUGCACUUUCUCAUCUCGGAGGAUGGCCGUGGAUUGGCGGGCGGCAACUGGAUCGUUCGCAACUCCCGAGAAGGGCGAACGUUCCUGAGCGAGAUAUUCGGGCCUGAUGAUGUCAGCCAGAACCCAUACAUGAGGCACGACCUACGCGAUCAAUUCUCACUACUUUGGCAUCUAGUGCGGCCUGGGGUUUCGGUGCCCAUGCCGAUGGAAGAUGCACUGUCUAGGCCGGUGGCGCCCAAGUCCUGGGAGGAGGUUGGCUACCUGAAGCUGGCACGGCUGGUUCCGCAGGACUUGCUUCUUGGCUCCUACCCUUUCGUCAGCUGUUCCCAGCCUGGGGAUCGGGCACAUCGCUGCUUUGGCGACGGUCCCAAAGAUAAGGACUUCAUCGUCUCUGUGCCACUGUUGGGCGCGCUGCCCGCUCAGCUGGCGCAAGUGCUUCUGGAUCGCUUCCUCCUGGAGAGCCUCGGUUCCUUCGGGCAACCGGCAUACGAACAGGAGCUGCGAGGCAUGUGCCUGACCGCGGAUGUCUCCCGUUGCCUGGUCGGUGAGUCAGCGGGCCCCCGGUGA